UGAAUAAAUAGAGAGAGAUUGGGGAAAACCAAACCAGAUGAGAGAUGGGCUAAAUUCGGAUCAUUUUUACCAUUUCUGUUCUUCUUUUGGCGUCUCACUGAAAUAGCAAAACACAAAGGGAAAGAUCUGCAACAAACCCAAACCCCAACCCCAACCCCCUUGUUUUCAGCGUCUUUCUCUCUUUUCUUUUUCAAGCAAAGCUGCAAGAAAGCAAAUCCAGAGAUCCCAUAUCUUUUUUCUUUCCGUGUCAAAAAUCGACCAAUCUUGGAGCUUUCCAUUAAUGUUUUCUUGCUGCUUUUCCCCAUAAAAAUCUUGUCUUUUUCUGGUUUCUUGUUUUGGUUGGCAACUAUGUUUAGGUCAGAGACAACAAGCAGGAACAGCAGCAGCAGCUUUCUUCUCUCCAAUCCUGGUGGUAAUCAGAGCAGUUUCAAGCAUGUUUCAGCAGCUGAAGGAGACUUCUUCAAGAGUAGAGAUCAAUUCAUGGGUUCGGAUCUUUUCCAUAACCAGAGUCAGCAGAGCUGUGGACUGGCGCGGUUUCGAUCCGCUCCAAGCUCCUUUCUUGCGGCCCUUUUGGAUUCUACUACUGAUAACAGCAGCAGUGGUGAUGAAUCUGAAGCUUUAUUAAUGUCAGCUUUCAUGAAUGGGCCUCCUGAUCUGAAUCACAAGGGCAGCAAUAAUAAUGGUGGUAAUCAGGUGUUGCACUAUCAGCAGCAUAUGAAGCAAGAAGCUGGGGUUGAGUCGGAUCCCCGACCCGGGUUCGUGAACGGGCAAAUGGGUUAUGAGACUGCUGUGUCUGGGGGUGGGGGUGCUAUUGUCGGAUCUUAUUCUGUGGGAAUGGAGAGUCAAGUUCAUGUAGCUGUGAGUAGUAAUAGCUCAAAUCUUGUCAGGCAGAGUAGUUCUCCUGCUGGAUUCUUCAAUGGAUAUGGGGUAAUGGGAGAGGUGGGAAACUACAGAGUCCACAAUCAAGCAAAAGCCAAUGCUUCAGCUAGUAAUGGUAUGAGCAAUCACAUGAACUUUUCAUCUGCUCCGUGUUCGAGCUCGAGGUACAUGCCUAGCAUACCAGAAAAUGUAAACGAGAGCAUCAGCACAUGUAACCCUGAAAACGGACAGUCAAGAAACAGUGAUAGCGGCAAUGGCAGAGAAUAUGAAGCCGGCUUCACACACGACUCGUGGAACGGUUCUCCCUUCAACAACUUGAAAAGAAACCGAGAUGGUGAUCUGAAAAUGUUUUCCAAUUUCAAUGGACUGGAAAAUCAGAAUGGGGAAACUAGGAAAAGUACUCCUGGUUUGGUUCAUCAUUUGAGCUUGCCGAAAAAUUCUUCCGCCGAAAUGGCAGAGGUUGAGAAGUUUCUUCAAUUUCAACAAGACACCGUUCCUUGUCAAAUUCGGGCCAAAAGAGGCUGUGCCACUCAUCCAAGAAGUAUAGCUGAAAGGAUGAGACGGACCAGGAUUAGCGAAAAAAUGAAGAAGUUGCAAGAUCUUUUCCCAAAUAUGGAUAAGCAAACAAACACAGCUGAUAUGUUGGACUUGGCAGUUGAGUACAUUAAAGACCUUCAGAAACAAGUCCAGACUCUCUCGGAGACGAGGGCAAAGUGCAGUUGCUCGACGAAACCUCAGCAAACAAGUCCAACAACGUAGUCGACCAUCAAAUGGCUAUUGUUGUAACACUCUGACGGUAGGAGAAGAUCAUUCGAGCUCCAUUGUUGGCAUCGUUGCUUCCUCAACUUGCCUUGUUGAUCUUCAGUUUGGCACAGAGUGCAGAUGUAAUAUCUUUUAGAGUAUGAUGUAUUAGGUUGAUUUGGUCCCUCUAGUCUUAUGAAUAAAUUGUGUAUAGAAGGUGCUUAAACUUGAAGCCUGUAUUUUGGGAUAUAUAGCUUAAUGCGUUUUAGCUGACUAAUGCUACACUUGCUUCCCAAAAUUAUGUUCAUCUUUACGUGGCA